AUGGCACCGGAGAAGGAUGAAUCGUUGAAAAUGUUGUACAACAAUAAAGACUUCACCAAGACGUAUGCUCAAGGCGCCGAGAAGUUCACGGGCUGGUUCGCCGAACAACUCGUCAAGGCUGCGAACCUCGAUCGAGUCGCCGAUGAUGAGGAACUCGUUGUCCUCGACCAAGCGUGCGGCACGGGGGUUGUUUCGCAGAAGAUCGUGGACUGCCUGAACGACUCACAGAAAGCGAAUUUCCAUCUCACAUGCUCGGAUUUCGCAGACUCAAUGAUCGAGUUCGUCGGUCCCCGCAUCAAAGCCUUUGGCACGAAAAGUGCUGAAACCGUCAAGGCCGACGCCCAAGACACAAAGUUACCAAGCGACAAGUUCACGCAUGUGCUCCUCAACUUCGGCCCGAUGGUCUUCUCGGACGGACAAGCCGGGUGCCGCGAACUGCUCCGCUUGCUCAAGCCAGGCGGCACCCUAGCCAUGUCCUCGUGGAAGCGAGUCGGCUGGCUUGACGAUGUCCAAGCCGCGAUCGCCACUGACCCAGGAAUCCCCGCUUUCCCUAACCAUGAGGAGUUUUUCCGCAAGUUGAUGAACACAGGGGGUGUGUGGGACGAGCCGACAUGGAUCAAAGACAACCUUACGAAGGCUGGCUUCGUUGACGUGGACGUCCAGCAAAUCCCUCACACGAGUGUCUUGGACACCCUCGACGAGUUUGCCCGCAUGAUGGUUGGCAUGAUGGGUCUCGUGCAGCAGAGGUUGUGGACGCAGGAGCAGCGAGACAAGUUCAAAGAUCGCGCGGACGAAGCCGUCGUCUCGUACAUGAGGCAGAAGUAUCAAGAAGGGGAGAUCAGGUGGGAUUGGAUUGCGUUGCUUACCACCGCCAGAAAACCUGCCUGA